AUGAUAGACAAACACAGCGAAGAAAGCGACCACCAACCGGUCAAUAUGCUGACGGAUGAUGGUGUAAAGAGACAAAGUGGAGAAUGUGAAUACCAACCGGUCAAUGUAUUAAUUGAUGAAGACAUAAUUAGAAGAGCAGAAGAAACUCAGGAGCAGCAACAAAUUGCGAGAGAUAAAAAUCAACUGGAUCGGAAGGAAAAACAUCGUCUUAGAAUGAAAAGGAAGCGUGCUGGAAAUUUAGACUAUGUGGAGAUGGAAAGAACGAAAAAUAAAAUCAGGAUGUCAGAAAAUCGAACAGUUAAUGAUUAUAAACAACGAGAGAAGGAGAAAAAUGUGCAAAGGAUGGCACAAACACGAGCGAAGGAUCAAUACAAACAACAGGAGAAUGAGACCAAUUUGAUAAGGAUUCGGGAAAAGAGAAAUACUGUUGACGGAUUUUCUUCCCAGGAAAGGGAUAAAAAUCGAGAACGUAUGUCACAGAAACGAGAAGAGAAGGAUUAUAAAGAGCACGAAAAGGAGAAAAAUGUGCAAAGGAUGGCACAAACACGAGCGAAGGGUCAAUAUAAACAACAGGAGAAUGAGACCAAUUUGCUUAGGAUUCGGGAAAUGAGAAAUACUGUUGACGGAUUUUCUUCCCAGGAAAGGGAUAAAAAUCGGGAUCGUAUGUCACAGAAACGAGAAGAGAAAGAUUAUAAAGAGCACGAAAAGGAGAAAAAUGUGCAAAGGAUGGCACAAACACGAGCGAAGGAUCAAUACAAACAGCAGGAGAAUGAGAGCAAUUUGAUAAGGAUUCGGGAAAUGAGAAAUACUGUUGACGGAUUUUCUUCCCAGGAAAGGGAUAAAAAUCGAGAUCGUAUGUCACAGAAGCGAGAAGAAAAGGAUUAUAAAGAGCACGAAAAGAAGAAAAAUGUGCAAAGGAUGACACAAACACGAGCGAAGGAUCAAUACAAACAGCAGGAGAAUGAGACCAAUUUGAUAAGGAUUCGGGAAAUGAGAAAUACUGUUGACGGAUUUUCUUCCCAGGAAAGGGAUAAAAAUCGAGAUCGUAUGUCACAGAAGCGAGAAGAAAAGGAUUACAAAGAGUACGAAAAGAAGAAAAAUGUGCAAAGGAUGGCACAAACACGAGCGAAGGAUCAAUACAAACAGCUGGAGAAUGAGACCAAUUUGAUAAGGAUUCGGGGAAUGAGAAAUACUGUUGACGGAUUUUCUUCCCAGGAAAGGGAUAAAAAUCGAGAUCGUAUGUCACAGAAGCGAGAAGAAAAAGAUUAUAAAGAGCACGAAAAGGAGAAAAAUGUGCAAAGGAUGGCACAAACACGAGCGAAGGAUCAAUACAAACAACAGGAGAAUCAGACCAAUUUGAUAAGGAUUCGGGAAAUGAGAAAUACUGUUGACGGAUUUUCUUUCCAGGAAAGGGAUAAAAAUCGGGAGCAGUCUACCGGGAGCUUGAUGCGACAGUUUGCUACUACACGUCCCGUACUUGAAAGCUGGACCCUGGUUCCGUACUUCUUCCUUCACAAUCGGAUCACUUUCUGCGAUAGAGCAUCCUCCGUGUACUGA